AUGCAGGAUUCAGCUGCAACGCGGUUCUGCAAGAUUAUCAAACUGAUUCGAUUCUGUGUGGGAAUCUGUGGCACAGAUGUCGCUGAUCCCGAGUAUCGAAUGUGGGCUCUCACCUAUGCAGUCAUCGCUGUAAUCUUUUUCUUCUUCGCCUCCACCGUCUACACACUUUAUGUGGGUGUUAUCCUGGAGAAGGAUUACACUGUAAUCCUGCAGGCUUUCGCCAUGGUUGGCUCAGCUGUUCAGGGACUGACCAAGCUGCUCUGCACUGUGAACAGAGCUCCAUUAAUGCGUCACAUCCAAGGCACCUACGAGUCCAUCUACCAGGAGUACGAGGUGCAGGGAGGCGAGUACACCAAGUAUCUGCAUAGACGCAUCAAUCUAUUCUGGAAUCUAAUGAUUGCCUUCGCUUGGAUUUACAUUAUUCUCGUGGCCGGAUUGACUUGCUAUCCCAUCUACAGUCGCAUUUUUCGCAACGAAAAGCUGCUUGUGAUGCAGUUUCUGGUGCCUGGAAUCGAUAGAGACAGCGACAGUGGACACUUGAUGUUGAUCACUCUUCAUGUUACUUGUUUGAGCUUCGGUGCAUUUGGCAACUUUGGUGGCGACAUGUAUCUCUUUCUCUUCAUCACAAAUGUGCCACUGUUGAAGGACAUUUUUAAGGUGAAGCUACACGAAUUCAACGAUGUGGUCCAAGAGAACGCAGAUCAUAAACAGAUUCGUUCCAUGCUCUGGGAUUUAAUUUCAUGGCAUCAACGUUACGUGUCUAUUCUGCGUAGCACUGAAAAAAUCUACAACAUUGUCAUGUUUGUGCAACUUUUGUCGGCUUGUGUUGGAAUUCUUUGCACCAUUUCGUGCAUUUUUAUCAAAGUUUGGCCCGCUGCUCCUGUCUACUUGAUCUACUCCUUCAUCGUACUCUACACCUUUUGUGGUCUGGGCACAAUUGUCGAGACUUCGAACCUGGACUUUACCUUUGAGCUCUACACGAACUGUUUGUGGUAUGAAUUGCCUGUAAAGGAGCAAAAGUUGUUGAUUUUAAUGCUGGCCAAGUCGCAAAAUGAAAAGGCUUUAACUGCAGCUUCUGUUUUACCCCUUUCGAUGAACACAGCUCUCAGGUUGACCAAAGGCAUCUACAGCUUCAGCAUGCUGUUAAUUACUUACUUGGAGUAGUCACAAA